AUGAUUCAAGACACAUCUGCGUCUAACAUAGAUACACAUAGUUUUGUUGAUGAUGAUGAUGGUGGUGAUGAUGAAGACAAAUCAAGUAAUAAUAUAGAGGAUAUUUCAGAAGCACAUUUGUCGCAAGACAAAGAAGCUUCAAACAGUGAAAUAAGUAAUAUUGAAUUAGAAGGAAAUGACAAUUUUGACACAAAGUCAAAUAGCAGCUCAUAUAAAGUGUAUAAGAAGAGAAGAAGACACAAGGAACAGUUGGCGAACCGAUUCACCUCCAGGAUGGUGCGGGAGACGAACGAAUAUAUUGUUAUCAAGUUAACCAAGGAAGAGGUUAUAGCGGAGAUGAAGGGCAAUUUAACGUCACAGAGAUACUCAAUGGCGCCGUACAAGUGUGAGAAGUGUGCGAAAGGAUUCAAUUUUGACGAUGUUCUACAGAGUCAUAUGGAGAAACAUUCGCAAAAAAACGGACCAUUCCAAUGCGAGAUGUGUUCCCAAUACUGUCCCAGCGCUGUGUCCCUGCGAGGUCACAUCAAGUCACACACCACCAGGUAUAAAUGUAGAAUAUGUAAAAUAGUACGGAACUCGAGACAACAUAUCCUGGAGCAUCAUUCGCUGGAACACACGGAUGGAACCACCGACUAUAAAUGUACCCACUGCACCUUCACGUCUAAGAAGCGCACCGUGAUGCAGCGACACGUCAGGGUUCACGUGAACAGCGUGACACACCCGUGUCACCGGUGCGGGAAGCUCUUCCGGAGCAGGGAGACACUUCGCGUGCACACCUCGCGGCAUGAUGACGCGAGCCGCUACAAGUGCUCGCAAUGCGCCCGCAAUUUCGUGUACAACUCCAGCCUGCACCGGCACGUGCAACGCGUGCACGAGAGAAACGAGUUCUACUGCGUCGAGUGUGACGUCACCUUUACCUCCAUGAUUUAA